UUUUUCUGAAUGUAUUUAUUGAUUGAUUCUAAGAAAUGCACCCCGACAGUAGCGUGUGCGUGGAGCUGUCGGCCACAUGUGGAUUCCUGUCGUGCCGUGGAACAGAAGAGCAGGAGAUGACACUCGCCCCCGCACGGAUGCUGACAGUGGUCACGAGUGAGAUUUAGUUGUUGUUGUUUUUUUGUUUUUUUUGGAUGCAUUGGAUUUGCCGUUGGAGUGAAAGAAGACGCGCAGUCACAGAGUGUUUUGGGGGGGGGAGGAAUAUAAGAGUCCAAACAUGCAGACCAUGUUCCAGUGUUCCAGCUGUGACAAACCGAUCGUGGACAGGUUCCUGCUCAAAGUUCUGGACAGACCGUGGCACAUCAAGUGCGUCCAGUGCACCGACUGUAAGUGCACUUUGACGGAGAAGUGUUUCUCGCGAGAAGGCAGACUCUACUGUAAGAACGACUUCUUCAGGAGGUUUGGGACUAAAUGUGGCGGCUGCUCACAGGGGAUUUUACCCAGUGACCUGGUCCGCAGAGCCAAGAGCAAAGUGUUUCACCUCAACUGUUUCACGUGCGUCAUGUGCAACAAGCAGCUGUCCACGGGGGAGGAGCUCUACAUCCUGGACGAGUUCAAGUUCGUGUGUAAAGACGACUAUCAAAACAACAACAACAACAGCAACGACAACAAUAACAACAGCAACGGGAAAGACACAAUCCUCCUGUCAGUCACGACGUCCAGUGAGCCCAGUCUGUCUCCGGACUCGCAGCAGGACCCGCAGGACGACGGCAAGGACUCGGAAGCGGGACAUUUGUCUGACAAGGACGUGAUUUGCAACAACGAGAACGAGGAGCAGGGAAGCGCCGGGAAGCGCCGCGGGCCUCGAACCACCAUCAAAGCCAAACAGCUGGAGACACUGAAGGCGGCGUUCGCUGCCACGCCGAAGCCAACCAGACACAUCAGAGAGCAGCUGUCCCGAGAGACGGGCCUCAGCAUGAGAGUCAUCCAGGUUUGGUUCCAGAACCGCAGAUCCAAAGAGAGACGCAUGAAGCAGCUGAGCGCUCUGGGCACGCGCAGGCACGUGUUCUUCCGCAGCCCGAGGAGAAUGAGAGCGCUGGGAGAGAGACUGGAGCCCGGAGAGCUCGGACACUUCCCUUACUAUGGAGAUUACGGCGAGUACUACGGCCCGGGAGGGAAUUACGAGUAUUUCCAAGGUCCACCAUCAUCUCAGGCUCAGACUCCAGCAGACCUGGGCUUCAUCCCCUCCUCUGUCCCUGCGGGAACCCCAUUAGGAGCCAUGGACCACCACCAUCAGCACCACCACCACCACCACCACCAUCAGGGACACCACUGUCCAGGAGACGUGCAGUGCUUCUCUGACGCACCGGUGUCUCAUCACCCGUUGGAAUCGCCCAGUCCUGAGCCCGGUGGACCGGGUUCGAUGCACAGCAUCUCCAGUGACAUGUGUGGACCCAGCACACCGUCCUACACCACAGUGUCCCUCAGUGACAACGGAUACUCCAACCAGCUGUCACAGCCGUCCUCGGACAUGAGCGAGGGCACCGUCUGGUAACACGUUCAACCACAUGGCACUCCAGCAUUAUGAAGGCAAAAUAUCUAUUUAUUUAUUCACGUAUUUAUUUGUUUGUUUAUUUAUUUAUGUGGUUAUUUAUUUAUGCUAAUCUGCAACGUAUUUAUAAAUGUCUGCAUUUGUACGUUACUGUGCUUAAGUCCUCGGCCACUACCAGCUUUGUUGUUGGCCUUGCUGAUGCUAAAUUUGGAUGGUUCUGUGACCUUUGACAUUUUGAAUGACAUGAACAUCAGUUGCCAUCUUCCUCAAGCAAAACCUGUUAUUUUCUACUAAACUUUUUAUAAUAGUCUCAACUAUUUGACGUUGAUCAAAGAAACGGGAAACGUAUGAGAUGUGUUGGUUUAAAAAAAAUAGUUACUUGAAUUUGCCACAGACUCUUACUCAUGUCUUAAAAAAACUGCUCUUUGACUCAGUAAAUUUUUUCAGAAUAAAAGGCUCUGAAUCCUG